ACAAACUACAGCACAAGGCGGAUUUCAGACUUCCUCAUGGAUUAUGGCAUCAUGAGUGGAGCCGAAAUACUGAGGGGUGAAAUCCUUCAGGAGCUGCAUGACUGGCUGCUAAACAUCUUGGAGAGGCAGCCUCUUGACAUGGAGGGGUUACUUUUUGUUUGCCGUCACUAUUUAGUUUUAUUAAGCACUUUGGGUCAUACAGUACAAAAUGAGCUUACAUUUGUAACACUGGAUCUGCAGAAGGGCUGUCGAGGGCGUCCGAGAAUGACAAUUUCUGUAGAUACCCUCAUUCAUCUUGUAGAACUUUGGAUUCCAUCAAAAUGUAUCUGCAGACUCCUUGGUGUGUCAAGAGCUACACGUUUUAGGCGAAUGGCUGAAAACAAUCUGUCAAUAUCUACCUCAUACAGUAGCUGCAGUGAUGAGGAAUUGGACUCAUUGAACACAGGAAUUAAGAACACAAUGCCAGAUGCAGAGUAGUUAAAGGUGCUCUACUUGCACAGGGACAUAGAGUGCAAUGGGACAGAGUUUAUGCAUCCAUGCAUCGUGUGGAUAGUAUAGGUGUGCUCUCAAGGAUGACCCGUCUGAGAUGUGUGGCAAGGAGGACGUACACAGUUCCAUACCCAAAGUACAUGAUACACAUCGACACUAAUCACAAGCUCAUCAGGUACAACUUUGUUAUCUUUGGAGCAAUAGAUGGCUAUUCAAGAAAGAUUAUGUAUCUUAGGGUAGCAGACAACAACCGCUCUGAUACCCAUUUGGCAUUCUUCAAUGAAGCUGUGAAUGAGCAUGGGUUUCCUUUGAGAGUGAGAGGUGAUCACGGAGGAGAAAAUGUGGGGAUAGCAGAAUUUAUUUUCUCAGUUUGUGAAACUGAGAUUAACAGCUUCAUUGCCGGGAAAAGCGUGCAUAAUCAGAGGAUUGAGCGCCUUUGGCAUGACGUGUUCAUGAGUGUUACAGGAGUGUAUUACAACAUCCUGCACUGUCUUAAGGACCAACACUUCCUGAGCAACAGCAACAUCCUGCACAUAUUCUGCUGCCACUAUGUCUUUCUACCACGUAUUCAGGCCAGCCUAGAUGUCUUCAAGGAUGCGUGGGACAACCAUCCCAUCAGGACUGAGCAGAACCUAACACCCAAUCAGUUGUGGCAGGUGGGCCAGGCCCUCAACCCUGUUGCAGAUCCCGAGGAAGGUUUCAUUCCAGAGAUUCAGUGGGAGGAGAGUGGCUACACAAAUGAACCUCAUCACGUGGUCAAUAUUCCUGAACUGGACAGUCCUCUUUCGGAUCUGGAAAUGUUGGCACUGCAAGACAGCAUUGAUCCAUUGCAGCCAUCUGACUGUUUUGGAGCAGACAUAUAUAUAAACACUGUCCAAUAUGUUGAAAACUUACUAGAAGCAAGAUAGAACCACAUGGCUCUCUGUUGCCAUUACCCCCCAAUGACUGUUUAAAAAUCAAACUAUUGUGGAAAAUUUCAAUUAUUGUGAUAGUCUUAUGCUUGUCUCAUGCACAGUGGUCUAGCCCGCUGAGCGAUGGCAGAGGUUCAAGUCAUCCGUAAUUAAAAAACAAGAUCCUGCUGUUCAUGUAGCGUGCAUAUGUUUCUACAUGUCUAAAAAAAAAAAAAAAGAUUGAAGUUGCAAGGGGAAAGACGGACAUGGUAAUGAAUAAAAUUGAAUUUAAUUAAAUCAAUACUGAAAUCCUUGUUAUAUUAUUCUACGCAACCUAAAGUGUUAAAAAUCCCAUUGAGCUUAAAUAAAAAUUUGUGAAUGUAGGUUAUG